CGUGCGGAUAGCAUCACAACAACAAAGAUGGCCGACAAAGAGCAAGAAAUUGCCGAAAAAAAGACAAAUGUUUUAGCUGCAGUUGGAGUAGGUUUUGUAUGCUUAGUGGUUGGACUACCUCUCUGGUGGAAAACAACAGAAGUGUAUAGAGUAUCUUUACCUUACUCAGAUAUUGAUGCCCUUGCAGAAACAAAGAUUAAGUAUACUGUUGACGUGAAUGUAAUCAACUUCCUGGAAAAAGUUUCUGAGGCGGACAUAGCAGCCUUGUCAAGACACCUCUUUGAUAAAUUAGAAGAUAGAAAAUCUCAAGAAGUGAAACCACAUUAUAGAACUUUUACAAGAGAGGCAUCCAGUGGAGAAAAGCAGAUUCUGAAAUCCAGCUCUUCUCUAAAAGAUAUAGAUAAACAGUUAGCAAGGGAGUAUCCAGGCAAGGCCAAUGAGUAUUCAGUCAUAUUGUUACCAACCAGUGACUAUCCAGAUCUUAAGAAACCAACCCUGGGUUUAUAUAGAACUCUGUUUAUGCCUGCAUCAUCAACAGACAUGGAAGCUCUUUCAAGGGAUAUAGCAGAGACAGUGAAAACAACACUGGUCAGGGAAGCAACUAUUCUGAAAAUGUUUGAUACUGCCAGAGGGGCUAGAGAUCGUAAGCCGGAUAAAGAAAUGUUACGAUCGGUAAGAUUCCACUCUGGUUACGAUGUGACCUUGACCUUGGUCAAUCCAAAACCAGAUAUUCUUGAUGUGAACUGGGAUAUAGAAUCUGCUGUAAAUGUAUACUUGGAUCCGUUUGUGAAAACGAUGGCAAACUUCACUGAUAUCAACAUAAAGUCACAGGUUUUGUUUUUCACAAAACUUCAAACAAAACCAAAGAAAGAAAAUAAUGAGUUUUUCUUCACAAGUAAAGAUCUACCACAUAUGAUAAAUCCAUUAGAAGCUAAAUUAGGUUCACCAGCAUCAACUAAUCCUGAGCUGAACUUUCUAGUAUAUGUUCCAAGUAAAGACCAGUACCCACUCUAUAUAAAAGGUGACAAUGGACAGAAGUUGGCAAGCAACUCCUUCCUCAGUCCACAAUGGGGUGGUAUACAUAUCUACAAUAUUGCUCCACCCCAAGCAAGUGCUACACUGCCUGUGAAGAGUUCACUCAAUAUGGCGCAAGUGAUGGAAGUGUUUUUGUCUCAGCUAAGGUUGUUAUUAAACCUUCAUGCUCAAAUUGGUGAUGUAGACUUUCUGCCAGUAGACAAAGAAGCUGUCACAGAGUGGGAGCUGGACAGUUGGUUAAGAAGUAGAUGUGUAGAAAAUCUUGCCACAUCUUCAGCCACAUUGAAAUCCUUGGCUCAACUUCUUGGCAAAAUCAGUAAUAUAGUGAUCAAUGAUGAUAUAGGAAAUGAGGUACAUAAGGCUGUAGCUUCAAUGCAAGAAUCUCUACAACUUUUAUCAGAUGGGUAUUUAUUAGAAGCAUAUCAGCAUUCCAAAAGUGCAAUACAGGCUUCAGAGAAAGCAUUUUUUGAUCCUUCUCUCCUUGAGUUGUUGUAUUUCCCAGAGGAUCAAAAGUUUGCAAUAUACAUUCCAUUGUUCCUGCCAAUCAGUUUUCCUGUAUUAGCCUCCCUAUGGCAAUCUUACAAAUGGUAUAAAGGCCUCUCCAAGCCCAAGCAGGAUUAGAAUAGUGCUUUUAUAGAAGUGUCUGUGGAGUGUAAAGCAGUGGUUGCAGAAUAUAGUACCUGUGAAAGCCUUCCUUUGGCCAUCUUAUAAAUGAUUUAAAAGACUCACCAAUCUUACACAAGCUAGCUCAGAACACUGAUUAAUUACAAGGGUGAUAUACAACAUCAGGAUAAAUACCUGGUAAAAAGCACAUUAAUGGAUGCAUUUAAGUGUCAUAACACGUGCUCAAAGCAUUUUUUAAAACUCAAAAUCAUUAUUAAGGCUUUGCGUUUAUGUAAGAUUUACGUAAGAUCUGUUACAUGAACAUUUAGUUUCUUGGUACAAGUGUCAGAGUAGUAGAUAAUAUACAACACAAAAGAAUUUUCCUUAUGUUUUAUUGGUAGUUACAGCUUCUGAACAUAUGACAAUAAUAAUACGAAUUUUGCAGCAUUUGUAGUGCUAACAUGACUGUUAAAGUACAAUGAAACGUUUUUUAGUUGACAACAUAACCAUCUAUGUCACUGUUAAAUGAGACUACCAUUAUGCUUGGCUGCUUGCACUGUGUGGAAGUUCUAAAAAGAAAUAUUACUGAAAUUGAUUCCAAGUACUAGCUGAACGUUGUGCCAACUGCCCCUUGUUUUUCAUAAUGUUGAAAAGCAGUACAAUCAUCUGAGCCAUGCCAUAGGAAAACCAACAUAGUGGCUUUGCGACCAGCAUGGAUCCAGACCAGCCUGCGCAUCCGCGCAGUCUGGUCAGGAUCCAUGCUGUUCGCUAACGGUUUCUCUAAUUGCUAUAGGCUUUGAAAGCGAACAGCAUGGAUCCUGACCAGACUGCGCGGAUGCGCAGGCUGGUCUGGAUCCAUGCUGGUCGCAAAGCCACUAUGUUGGUUUUCUCAUGGAACAGCUUAAUUCUGUUUAUUUUUUCAAAUGUCAUUUCAUUUGUACUUAAAUCAAUUUUUGAAUGUCAUAUCCUUGAUUGAUGUGCUAUCAUUGUAUAGCUGCUUUUCAUAAUCUGUAGUAUAUAUGUUGUUUUGUUACUUUAUCAUUUUGUAUUGUUUUAUAUCUUAGCCCUAUUAAAAUACCUAGAAGACAAAGGACCAGAAUUGCAGCUUUUGCUCUUCAGGCAAUUAAAAAUAAUUGCAACGAGUAUAUACAGUGGAAUCUCGAUAUCUCGAACUUGCUUUUCUCAAAAUUCUAGUUAUCUCGAAGACAUUUUCAAGUUCUUCACAAAAACACAAGCACAAGAAAUCAUUUUAAGUAUAAUUUUGGUUAUCAGGAAUUAGAAUGCUCCAUCCCUUGGAAUUCGAGAUACCGAGUUUCAACUGUACUUUUAAUCACAUUUACAAAACAACAAAACAAUAAACAUAUACUGCCCAACAUAAGACAAAAACUAACAUUGCAAGCACAAAUUUGUACUAUCACUGAAAUAAACUGGCAGUUAUUUGACAAGUGACAGUUUCUUUACAGUAUGCCAUUAAAUUGUGAAAUGUGUUUAACAUAGUUACACAGACUUUAUAUGCAGCCAAAUUAAAUACAUUCAAUAGGAAUUUGCUAUGUUUAAAGUUCAAAUUUAAUCAUAAAAUAUGUGUAGUUUAGCAAAAUAUGUGCAUAGUAUAAGUAUUUUAAAUGGAAGCAGUUCUGUAAUUUAACCAGUGGUAUUACAUAAUUAAGCAAAUAAGAAAUUUUUAUGCUCACAGUCAUGAAGACCCAGGAGGACACAAGACCCAGUGUUUGAACUGUAAGUCCAUCUAGUCAUCACAUUUUCUUGUGUACUCUACUCUACAGUUUUCACAUUUGGACUUUGAAAUAUCACAACUACAUCUGUAGUUUGAGCACUCCAACAGUUUCCAUCCAAUUCAAAUGAAAGCUAGUAUACAAAAUCAACAAGAAGUGGACAUGUACAUUUUGUUAUGAUUUUCGUGUCUUGUUACCUUUUUUAGAGAAAGUGCAUUUUUGGGCUGAGGCAUUUGUCAUUACAAUGUUUACAUCAUUCUUAUUCCAAAGUAUGACUGUAUUAUCAGUACAGAUAACAUUUCUGAUGUAACACGUGCUUUAUAAUAUUCAAAAAUGAAAUACUUAAGAAUUAAUAAAUUUGAAGGCUGAUUGAAGAUUUUUCAUACUCUGCUUGUAAAGCAGAAUUAUUCAGAGACUAUUUGUAUUUUAUACACAUCUUUUACCUGUUUUGUUAUUUAUUUUGUCCAAAAAUAAAUUAAAAAAAAACAAA